AUGGAUAAUAGGAAAGAGUUGCAAGAUCUCAUUGAUUCAAUUAAUAGUAAACAACAGUUGAAAGUUUUGACAAAGGAAAAGUAUGACAGGUUAGUCAAUAAGGAACCCCCUGCAGGUGUUACAUUUCAACUUCCCACUAGUACACCUAAGGUUCAACUCAAGUUUGGUGAAGGAGCUAUUCCUAAAUAUGCACCCAAUGAAUUAUUACUUUCACCAAGGUAUUUUAGCCCAUCUGCUCUGUAUCAGGACCCAAAUCCUGCUCUGUGUCAGAUUCCCAACCCUAACUCUAUUAAACUACCCACAUUUAGUGGAAGUGAACCACUGCAAAAAGGUGAAGUGUUAAUUCCUCUCGGAGAGUUUGCUACUGUCGACGUCAUCCUGAUGAAGCUGGAAGAUUUCUAUGGAAAUACUCUGUUAAGAGAAGUUAGACAGAUAGAGCAAGAAGAACUGAAUUUAACUGUUGCUAAACCAGUUCAAAAUAGUGCUGCAUCGACAAAUGUUGAAGCAUUAAAUGUAUCAAACUCUGAUUUGCAGAAACAGCUUAGUGAAUUACUAAGUCAAAUGAAAAAGCUUGAUUCUCGAAUGAGCAAAAUAGAACAAGAUCAAAAGAAUUUACCUCAUGCAGAAUCUUUUCAGAGACAUAUGCCUCAAGAAAACUCCAAACACAACUCCAGUUACCAAGGGCAAACAGAAGAUCAGUUUUCUAAAUGCCCUAUCAAACCUCCCAAUCAAGAUCUAUUGACAAGACUUGUAGGUCGUCCAAAUGAAGCAGAUAUUACUGUAUUUGGUACCAAGACUAAGGCACUUAUUGAUUCAGAGUCUAUGGUCACAUGCAUUUCAGAAUCUUUCUAUGAGUCUCUCAAACCUAUGCCUAAACUGUUAAGUUUGACAAACUUUGGGCUUAGUGUGAGAGGUGUCAGUGGCAGUGAAUUACCAUACAAAGGUUACAUAGAGAUGCAAAUCAAUGUUCCUUGUAUGAAUGACUUUUCAUGCCACAUUCCUGCUCUUGUUGUACCUGAAACAAAUUAUGCAAAGAAUGUCCCUGUUAUCAUAGGUACUAACUUUAUUCGUCUUAGCAGACAAAACUGUGAGAUGAUGUCUCAGACGUCAGACAUAUCAGACGAGUGGCAGCUGGCAUUCGAGAGCAUGAACGAUGAGACGCCG